AACACACACAUAACGAAAUAUCAUUUAUAUCCGGUGGCGUGAAAUAUAGUAAAAACUGCAAUGGCUUUUAUUUUUGAAAGUGAUCUAAAGGCAUUCUUGUUUUGUUUACUUCAGUUUGUAAUAGCCAUUGUUGUCAGCUAUUCAUUUUCAAAUUACACGAACCCUGAGCAAAGAAAACUGGAGAAAGUUGCUAUGCUUGAAUUAAAAGUAGAACAAACUGAAAAGGAUAUAGAACAAUUGCGGGAUCUUACACGAAGUUUAGAGGGCAAAUAUCAAAAUAUAGAAAGUGUCCACGUACCACUGGUUGCAUUCCAUGUUUAUAAUCCCCUUCAUACAAACUUGGAAGUUGGUCAAGUCAUCGUUUAUCAGACGGUUCCACUGAACGAAGGAAAUGGAUACGAUCGAAAGACUGGCAUCUUUACCACUCCGGUCACUGGUCUAUAUCAAUUUAGCGCACAUAUUUGUAAUCAAGAUAAUGCUAUGUUCGUUUAUGCUAUUGUGCUUGAGGGUGAAACAAUAGCACUGUCCACACAGAGAGAUAUGCCGAGUAGUUGUAAUACUGUUAACGCGUUGACCGUAGCAAGCGCUGGUCAACAAGUCAGCGUUCAGGGUGUACAUAUGUCCAAAUCCUACCAAGUUAUUGAAAAUCCACAUAGGAAAAAUUCAUUCAACGGUGUUUUACUACAUAGGACAUAAGUAGAUGUCGGUCAAUUUUCAGUGAAAAUGAUGAUUUGAUAUAUUUAAUAUGGAAUUUAGACAAGAUAAAACGGUUGGUACAUAGAAUGUGAAUUGUUAGGGACAAUCAAUAAACUGUUUCUGGAUAUGAAAUAAAAAACAAGAAAACCACCAUACUGUAUAUCAUAGAACAGAACAGAGCAUAAUUUUAUAUACAAAUUUAUACAUUGAACAUCGUCUUGUUAUAAUGAAAUUAUGUUUAAUGUUUCUUGGUAAAAUAAAUUGAAUGAAAUAACACGAGUUCAAAUGACAUGUUUGGAAAACGCUUUUAGUAACAGAUUUAUUCGUAAAUGGAAACGAAACUUGUAUGCAACAUUCUGCUGUGUGUGCAGAUUAAAUCAUUAAGAUUCUUUAAACGAGCUGCUCUGAAGUAAAUACAAAACAAAAUAAUUAA